GGGCCGCCUGGCACCUUGUGAAGGGCCAGUCGGAGCUGCAGAGGAUCAGCGCGUGGAUCGCCCCAGACUCUGCCCACAGCUACCAUGAAGGUCUCCGCCGCUGCCCUCGCUGUCCUUUUGACGGCGGCCGCCCUCUGCGCUCCUGCGUCUGCCUCCCCAUAUGCCUCGGACACCACACCCUGCUGCUUUGCCUACCUCUCCCGCCCGCUGCCCCGCAACCACGUCCAGGAAUAUUUCUACACCAGCAGCAAGUGCUCCAUGGCAGCAGUGGUCUUUAUCACCAGAAAGAACCGCCAGGUGUGCGCCAACCCAGAGAAGAAGUGGGUACGAGAGUACAUCAACACUUUGGAGUUGAGCUAGGGUGGAGGACGCCUUCAAGCUGAACUUGUGCAAACUCUGCUUCUCGCUCUUGUCCUAAGCAGCUUGGGAGGCUCCCCCGCAGUGCCCUCCUCCCACCCUCUCCUGGGAGGGCACAGAUUCCACCUCUCGCAGCAGCAACUGCUAUAAAAGCCCCCCAGGGUUCCGGGGGCUCUGCCAUUGUGCACAGGAGGUCUCUAAGCUCACCGCUCUGCAGUCAGAAAGGAUGUCAGCGUCUCUGGAGGGGAAGGAGGGAGGGAGACUGGGGUCCUCUGGUCAUGGCCCGUGACCAUAGCCCCCAUCUCGGCCCCUCCCUGGGGAGGGCUGGACUGGCAAAUGUGGAGAAAUCAGCUUUUCAUUAAAAUUCUCAAAGCGAUCACAAA